AUGGAAUUGCAUCCGAUACUAGAGCAUGGUGAGACACCUAGUGGCAGGUUAUGGUACGUUGUGUCGUCUCCCAAUCCCCCAUGUGCGAGGGUUGGGCAAGCAGCUGUGUUUUGUAAACAUACAAUGGAAUGUCUUAUAAUAGGAGGGGCCGAUCCAUCAACUACACAUAAAGACGUUUACAAUUGUUUACUGUCUAGCAAACCUAUCGCUCCAUUAGUGCAGAUUACAAAUGUCGGAUUUCUCGUGGCACAGCCAUGGACCACUAGAGCACUAGAGAGAUAUGAACAUAGUUGUUUUCAACCAACUUGUUCAAAUGAUGUUUAUAUCUUUGGUGGGGCAAGUAAACAAUCCAACACAAACACUGUGUUGAAAUUAACUUCAGACAUGACCUGUGCAUUAGUGGGGUGCACGGGUGUUUCCCCCAGCCCGAGAACACUUCACUGUGCGGGGUCAAAGGGGAAUUCCCUGUACAUAUGGGGUGGGGGGUAUGAAGGGAGUUCCCCAACCCCAGACACCAAGCUUCAUGUGUUUGAUGCAAAUACGGAAACUUGGAGCCAACCCACAGUUAAGGGUAAACUUCCAAGUGCACGACAUGGCCACAUAUUGUGUGUGAUUGACAACCAUCUAUACAUACAUGGUGGGAUGGCCGGCGCAACAUUUCAUAAAGACCUUCAUUCAAUCAACCUUACAGAUCUAACGUGCAGUAGGUUGAAACCUCGUGGGGAAGUUCCUUGUGCGAGAGCUGCACAUGCGGCAGCAUCUCACAAUAAGUUGUUGUUCAUAUUUGGUGGGAUGUCGCAACAUGGCUCGAUGGAUGAUUUAUCUUCAUUAAACACCGACACCAUGAUUUGGAGCAAGGUAACAUUUGAUUCCCCCAUGCCGACACCAAGGUUGGAUCAUUCAAUGUUUAUUGCUCAGAUUGUUUGCAACAAGGAUGUUCCCAAUGUUACCCCGUCCACCCCACCUACAACGCCUGUAGCCACUGGUGGCCAAAACAUCAUUCCUGUUGAUUUGUGGCAUGGUGUAGUAACCCGUGGCAACGAUGGUGUGGAAACCCGUGGCAACGAUGGUGUGGUAACCCGUGGCAACGAUGGUGUGGAAACCCGUGGCAACGAUGGUGUGGUAACCCGUGGCAACGAUGGUGUGGAACCCCGUGGCAACGAUGGUGUGGUAACCCGCGGCAACGAUGGUGUGGUAACCCGCGGCAACGAUGGUGUGGUAACCCGCGGCAACGAUGGUGUGGUAACCCGCGGCAACGAUGGUGUGGUAACCCGCGGCAACGAUGGUGUGGUAACCCGUGGCAACGAUGGUGUGGUAACCCGCGGCAACGAUGGUGUGGAAACCCGCGGCAACGAUGGUGUGGAAACCCGCGGCAACGAUGGUGUGGAAACCCGUGGCAACGAUGGUGUGGAAACCCGUGGCAACGAUGGUGUGGAACCCCGUGGCAACGAUGGUGUGGUAACCCGCGGCAACGAUGGUGUGGUAACCCGCGGCAACGAUGGUGUGGUAACCCGCGGCAACGAUGGUGUGGAAACCCGCGGCAACGAUGGUGUGGAAACCCGCGGCAACGAUGGUGUGGUAACCCGUGGCAACGAUGGUGUGGAAACCCGUGGCAACGAUGGUGUGGUAACCCGUGGCAACGAUGGUGUGGAAACCCGUGGCAACGAUGGUGUGGAAACCCGUGGCAACGAUGGUGUGGUAACCCGCGGCAACGAUGGUGUGGUAACCCGCGGCAACGAUGGUGUGGUAACCCGCGGCAACGAUGGUGUGGUAACCCGCGGCAACGAUGGUGUGGAAACCCGCGGCAACGAUGGUGUGGAAACCCGCGGCAACGAUGGUGUGGUAACCCGCGGCAACGAUGGUGUGGAAACCCGUGGCAACGAUGGUGUGGAAACCCGUGGCAACGAUGGUGUGGAAACCCGUGGCAACGAUGGUGUGGAACCCCGUGGCAACGAUGGUGUGGAACCCCGUGGCAACGAUGGUGUGGUAACCCGCGGCAACGAUGGUGUGGUAACCCGCGGCAACGAUGGUGUGGUAACCCGCGGCAACGAUGGUGUGGCACAGAUUGGCGAACGACUUGCUUGUGAGCUCACCCUAGCGGAGAGCGAUACUUUACCAGUGCUUGUUAUAUUCGGAGGAAUGGAUACUUCCGGGAAUCUUUACAACGAUGUUUCACUCACUCGGUUAGAUGCUCUAACGUAGCAAUGCUUGUGUUUGGUGGGGAUUUUUACAUCAAUAUUGUUCCUUUAAUAUUUUUUUAUAUUCGUUUAAUAUAACUCGAUAGUUGUCGUUCCUUAAACCUCCUUUCUUCAUUAUAAAGUUGCAUAUCUUGUUUGAAAUCUUUUUAAUGUGAAAUAUAUUUCCUAUUUCAACCAACUUCGUUCAACACCAUAUUGUUUACAUUGUGUUUCUUAACAAGCGUCAACAUUCAUUACAUUCGCAUUCGUGCCAACGCUUGUACCAAAGCAGUGUGUUAAUUGAAACCGUGUUCUAUUUUGUUCACAUAACCCCACGGUUCGUCGACUGGUGUAUUAAGUUACGUUCAUAUUAUUGUGACAAUACUGUAUUCUUAUUAUACUUUCUUGUAAUUAUAUUUAUUUAUUUGUAGAAACACUUGCUGUAACUUGUUUUACGAAUGUUGCUUUCUAUUCUUAUAUAAUAAAUUUAGCAUUUUGUACAAGAA